AUCAGACUCUGUUUUUGAAUGGGGAGAACAGUGAUAUCAAAAUUUGUGCUCUGGGAGAGGAGUGGAACUUGCAUAAGAUAUAUUUGUGUCAGGGCAAAGAAAGCGCCUCCAGACUGGAUUUGUAAAGCACGUGCUAACCCAGUUCUGUUUUACUGUUCACUGGGACUCAAGAACAGGAACCUGAAGUGAAAUUGCUGGAGCUGGGUCUCUGCAUUUGUUAUGCAGCCUUCAUCCUUGGAUAAAUAAAUAAAAUCUUCAUCCUUGGAUGAAGGCUUUCUUGCUGCUGCACGAGAAAGAAGUGGGGAGGAACCAUGGCUUUGUCUUGAAAUGUCUAAUUCAGUUGUGCCGUUAACUUUAAAGUGGGAGUCUAACCGUGGAAGCAAUUUAUUUGAAGCGAGAAGAGAAAGUAACGUCAGUCAGGCUACUUUUCCAGUAUGUUCAGCGGAUCUUGGAAAGAAUCUAGCAUGAGCGUCAUAGAGUUGGAAAUUCCUGACCAAAAUAUUGAUAUAGAAGCUCUACAGGUGGCUUUUGGCUCGCUGUAUAGAGACGAUGUGUUAAUAAAACCCAGUCGAGUAGUUGCGCUUUUAGCAGCAGCCUGCAUGCUGCAGCUUGAUGGCUUAAUCCAGCAAUGUGGUGAAACGAUGGCGGAAACCAUUAAUGCAAAAACUGUGUGUGGUUAUUAUAAUUCAGCGGGGACAUACGGGUUGGACUCUGUGAAGAAAAAGUGCCUUGAAUGGCUCUUGAAUAACCUGAUGACUCACCAGAGUGUUGAACUCUUCAAAGAACUCAGCAUAAACCUUAUGAAACAGCUGAUUAGCUCUUCUAACCUACUUGUAAUGCAGGUGGAAAUGGACGUGUAUACUGCUCUCAAAAAGUGGAUGUUCCUUCAGCUAGUGCCUUCUUGGAAUGGGUCUUUGAAACAACUCUUAACCGAAGCUGAUGCCUGGUUUGCCAAGCGUAGGAAAGAUUUUGAGGAUGAUGUUGCGUUCCUGGAAUCAGAACAGGGGAAUGCGUUCCUGUCAGUGUUCACACACUUGAGGUUACAGUAUAUCAUCAGUGACUUGGCAUCAGCCAGAAUUGUCGAGAGAGAUUCCCUGAUACCCUCAGAAUGGCUGUCCUCUGUUUACAAACAGCAGUGGUUUGCCAUGCUCAGAGCAGAACAAGACAAUGAUAUUGGGCCUCAAGAAAUAAAUAAAGAGGAACUGGAAGGAAACAGCAUGAGGUGUGGUCGAAAACUUGCAAAGGAUGGUGAUUACUGCUGGCGGUGGACUGGGUUCAACUUUGGCUUUGACCUUCUUGUUACUUACACGAAUCGUUACAUCAUUUUCAAACGGAAUACGCUGAAUCAGCCGUGCAGUGGAUCGGUCAGUCUGCAGCCUCGGAGAAACAUAGCCUUCAGGUUACGUCUAGCCUCUUUUGAUAGCAGUGGGAAAAUUAUUUGCAGUAGAACAACAGGAUAUCAGAUCCUAACCCUUGAGAAGGACCAGGAGCAGGUAGUAAUGAAUUUGGACAGCAGGCUCCUGAUCUUCCCCCUCUAUAUCUGCUGUAACUUCUUGUACAUCUCUCCAGAGAAGAAGACCGACAGCGAGGCACUGCUAGAUAAUUCGGAAGCCUGAGACCUCCAGUGGGAUAUAGUAGCACUUCUAUAACUCUCUUUUUCUAUUGGAUUCAGCCUGUGGAUGCACCUCUGCAUAAUCUUGUGUUGUCAUACUUCUUUGGAAGCAGAAAGCAGAAGCAUUUUAACGCGUUCCUCUGCUACAGCAUUGAACUUGGUAUUUAGGUCCGGAUCCUGCUCUGCCCUUACACCCCGCUGGCUCCCGGGGCCACCCGCAGCCCCUGCUCGCCCUGGACGAGCCAUUGCUGUGUGCAGACACAGCCCUGGCCGGCGCAUCCCCGUGCACAUCUGCCCUGGCCCCUGGGUAACCACCACCCUGCAGCGUGAUGAGGAUGUGGGACAUGGAGCAGGAGCUUACAUGAAACUCAUCUUGGUAUUUUUUUCCAGACAUUUAACGACUCCUUCCCUUGAUCUAUGGGUGUCCUGCUCCUAACGUGUGCCCUCCCUCGCCCUCCUGGUUGUGGAGGGGCUGUCAGCGCCAAGAAACAAAUCUCUUCCCAGCUUUGGUCCUUCUUCCCAGUGGAUGGGAUCAGGGAUUUGGGAUGGGGCCAGUGGUGCAGGUGCCCUUCCUAAGGGGUUGCCGAGGAGUGGCUCAGUACAGGAGUGAGAGGAGCACAGAAACCCAAACACAUCACAACUUACCCCAGAAAAUGGGUGGUUGGUUUGGUUUUGGUUUUUUUCUCUCUUUUAUUUGUCACUGACUAGGAGCAGCAAUCGUGGCACAGGGGAGCUGGGAAGCACAACACCACACUCAGGAAAACGGUAUGGAAAGUACAAAAAUAAGGAAGAGCCUAUAUAUAAUAUCAUUGCAGUCAAUUACUAAAAAUAAAUAUUGUAAACACAAAGUAACAACAUCAGGUGAAUCUACAGUCACUCAUUUCUGCUAGCAGCUGAACAGUCUUUGGCUUUAUUCAACUCCCCCCUGCCCCGCACGGAGCCAACACUCACAUUAAGAUGCAUUUUCUUUGCUUCAGGCCAGAAAGACUCCAGACUUGUCAGGGGUGUCACAAGGCAAAUAAUUUGACUUUUUCUUACUCCAAACUGCCUCGUGACCAGGCAUCGCCUCUUUUGCCCUCAGUGGCCACUUUUCUACCAGAGUAAGCAGAAGGAUCUGUCCAAAAAAGGUAUUUUCCUCUUUAUCUGCUGGAGGGGAGGAGAUUGUGGCGAGGUGGGGGGGACCAAGGCUCCCCCCAUUCCAGUUUAUUUUGUUGCUGUCUUGGACCACAAGUCCCUGUGCCACCCGUUGCAUGGGGACUUGCUGGGUUUGUCACUGUUUUAUACUUGUCCCCGCUCCCCUCCCAUGCGCUGGACCUUUUCACCCUUUAAUCUCUCAGAUAGCCUGGGCGCUUUGGAUUGCCUGAUAAGAGAUGGUGCAGCACAGAGGCACCAAGGUAUCGCCUGUCCAGCUCCCUCUGAGCUGCCUCCAGGCCAGAGAUCCGUGCAUUUUGGGUGCUCCUCAUACGUCUUGGGUGACUGUGAAUAUGCUUUUUCCUACCCAGCCUUUGACUCCAAGGAGGGAAGAAGCAAAUUCCUCUUGCAAGGCUCGAUAAAAUGCUGCUCAUAUAGAGAUAAAACAAACUUUAAAAAAAAAAAAAAAAAAAAAAAAGCAGGAAUAAAAUCCUGUCCAAAGUACCAACGAGGAGAGAAUUGACAGAAAAGAAAGGUCUCCACCCCAGCAGCUGAUCCUGUGGAAGACCCUGUUCUGCUGCCAGCAUGGCCAGAGAAUGUGCAGGACUGCAAAGAAAAUGCAUCCUAAUGGGAACAACCAAGCGAGACAAAAGCCAUCCUAAACCCACAGAGCAGCGCUUCUUACUGGAGGGAAGAGCCAGACUGAGCAAGUCAAGCUGAUCAGUCUGUCCAUCUCUCCCUAUGCACAGGUUUGAUCUUCCCUUCAUAUCAAUGUUUAAUCUUCCCUUCUUCAUUUUAAACACAUUCACGUAACAUCCCACGGCAACAUUUUGGUGUGAGGUUACAGUCCCACUGAAGUUACAAUCAGACUGCACAGCAAACAGCUCUGGUGCUCAUCCCCUUUGAGACAAAAAGGAGCAGAAACUUUGAGAAGCGUUUAAUAAAAACCUCUCCUACAGCCACGGCCGAGGGCCUUUCUGCAGUCAUGGGUUAACACGGGCGUCUUGUAAUGCUUCAAGUAUUGCUUUUUAACCAGGAGCAUUUCAGACCCUGCUUUAUUCUGCGUCAAAGCAAAGGAGAAGCAAAAGCUUCCAAGCUUUACGGGAGCCUGCUAGCUAUCCAGGUGGUUAUCCAUCUGACCGAGCCCAGCCUAAAUUCCUCCCUAACCUCACGGAGCAUUCAGAUCCAUAUCGAGCUCCAGCCCGUGGCUCCCUUGCUUUGUCAGCCCCACAGAGCUGCUGCUACCGCUACCCCCAGACACUGUGGGACAGACCCGAAGCGGCUGUAGCUCCAGGUGACUUGUGCUGCCUUUACCUCCUCUGCUCUUUACUUCCUCUGUUCAGGAGAAGAGAAAGCGCUCAGCAAUUCACCCACCGCCACCCCGCGAGCUGAGGGCUCAUCCUUCCUGCCGCUGUGAAGUUACAGCCCAUCCUUUGCUGCAGCGAGAGGCAAGGGGAGCGCAGUUACCCUGUUCCACCCGUCCUUGCUAACCAGGUACUUAACUCCCCACGUUUUCUUCUCACCCUGUCAGUCACCCACGCCAACAAAUCGCUGAACUGGAGCCUGAAUCGGCUGUAACAGCAGGGCUGCCCCAUAGUCCCAAUCUUCCCCCAAAACUACAGUCGUAUCAAAUUUAGCUCACUAACUGAUGAAAACACUACGCGUUUCAAAAGGGACACAGCUGGAUAAGAGUUUAAAAACACAGCCGCUAACGCAACCUUCUGCAGGGUGCAGCAGGUAAAACCAUUCCUGGCUCGAUUUUUCAGUAGGCAAAUCCUGGUCUUCUCAGGAAAGAAUCACACACGACUGCUCGGUGCAGUUAUUAGAGGAUUUCUGUAUCAGCUCUCAAAAAUUUAUUUAGCGUCUUCUAAAACUUCCACUAAACUUGGUUUCUUACAUCAUUUCUAUACACAGAUUUUAUUUGUUGUCAUUGUCUUGAGGCUUAUAAAAAAAUAAGCAUUUGAAAUGCCCAAAGAGUAAUUUUGCUUUAAAAUUGUGCUACUGAACUUGACCCCCAACAUAAAGAGAUACUUUUGGUAAUGAGGUUACCCCAAGCAGUAUAAAAAUAUACAUAAAAAUAGACAAAAACUCUAUCCUCCAAACUGAAGGUCUGUUUGUGGGAAUUAUUAAUUACUUUUUUUUUGUACAUCACUGGAAUUUCAUUAUCUUCCCCUAAAUAUUUACAGAAACAUUCCUGCCCCGUCUGCCCGCCUCUGCUCACUCAGGCAGAGAACUGUGGCAUUUCCUUCGUCCGUAGGGCUUUUCUCUUGGCAAAAAUUAAUCGCCGCUUUUCACCGCGGCCCGCAAAGUGACGCUACGGGCGCGCACGUCCCUGGGAACGCUGGCAGACGGCCCUGAGGAUGCCAGAUGGAAAUGAGGUGACGCCAAUUAAUGCUGCUAACUUCAUCGAACGAGUCGAGAUUGCCUUUGCCCGUGCCUCGCUUGCGAGCCCACGCGCGCCGUCGGCACUCGAGUGCCCGUGCCCGGGCCGAGCGUUUGUUGGACCGGGACAGCGGCGUUGGGGAUACGGGCUCGGACACGGCUCCCUGCAGAGCCCGGGGUUAUUUCACCAGGUGCUGCACUAGGGAGCGACGUGGCCUUGCAGAGCAAAGCAGGCUGGGGAGGGCAGGGGGACAAAAUAAAACCUCUCCUCAAGUUAAAACCAGCCUAAUCCUGACAGCUUCGCUGCGGUGCCCCGCUGCUCCCCGCGCAUCGCAUCCCUGGCUUUCUGGUUUCCCUUUCCUUCUGGUGAUCAAUUCAGAAUGCCCAAACCUCUUCUACAAAUGACCUCAGGAAUUUGGGUCUCUUUCUCCAGUCUACCCCAAGAAAAUUUUAAAUUAAAAAAAUAACACGAGAAAAAAAAAAAGUACUCUGUGCCAUUCUUAAAUGA